AUGGAAGGAUAUACUGAAAUUUUCGCUUGGGGAGCAGACCACUUCGGCCAAUUAGGACUUGGAGGUAAAUUAAGUGGCAAGACAUAUACACUUCCACGAUUUUGUAGUUUCAAUGUUAUAAUCAAAGAUAUCUCAUGUGGCGAAGAACAUAGUGCUUUUAUUUCUUCUUCAGGGCAUGUUUACUGUAUGGGCAGCAACAGUGAUGGCAGGCUAGGAAUUGGCGACAAAUCAAUAAGGUUAAGUUCUUCUCCUUGCUUAGUCGAAAGGUUAUCAAAUUAUAAAGCAUCUCGAAUCUCCUGCGGGUGGGGUCACACUAUUGCAGUAACUGAACAAGGCUUCGCUUUUUCAUGGGGUGUUGGAGAAUUUGGAGCACUCGGAAAUGGAAGUAAUGAUACUCAAUGAACCCCUGUAAGAAUGGAAGUUCCUGAAAACUUGAAAAUAAGGCAAGCUAGCUGUGGGUCAAGGCAUACUGCACUGAUUGCUGAAGAAGGAUACAGGAAAAUUUUACUCACAUGUGGAGCUGGAGAAGCAGGACAAUUAGGAACUGGCAGAAGAGAAAAAGAAUUAGCUCCUGUGUAUAGCCUGAGAACCUUUAUGGCUUGGGCUUCCGAUCUUUUUCGGCGGGAAAGAGGGGAGCUAGUUUCACUAACUAAUGUUGGCUUUGUCAACUCUCCAAAUGGAAGAAACCACGCAGAAAGUGGUUGUGUCACUUGUUGAGUUGGCCAGACCAACAUUAGUUGGUGAAACCAACCCCCUCUUUCCCUUCGGGAAAAAUCGGGGAGCCCAGCCAUAAAGAUGCUCAGGCGAUAUAUUCAUACAAAUGAAGAUGUAAAAAAUGCAGCUUCAGGAGUAUAUCAUACACUAUUUGUUACAGUAAAUGGAAGCGUCUAUGCAAUGGGUGGAAAUUCCUUUGGCCAGCUUGGAACUGGGGAUAAAAAGAGCUAUAGUAGGCCUGAAAAAAUAAAGCACUUAGAAAAUGUUUAUAUUGAAAAAGUAAGUGCAGGGCAACAUUCAGCAGCUUUAAGUGAUAAAGGUCAUUUAUUUGUAUGGGGAACGAGUGCAUUUGGUGAAUAUUUGUUACCACAGCGAUUUAACAAUGGGUCUGGGCCAAUAAAAGAUGUAGACAUAGGAGGAAGUUUUGGAGCUGCUUUGGAUUCUUCAAAUACUUUGUAUGUAUGGGGAGGAAAUAGUAAUGGAGAACUUGGUCUUGGAGAUGCAGAAACAAGAACAAGCAUGACUCCAGUCUCAGCAUUAAAAGAUAAACAAGUAAGAAGCGUAGCUUGUGGGGGUGGAUUUUGCAUCGGCCUUGGAAAUGAUAUAGCUUCUCCUUAUCGGCCAAACAAAGACCAGGCAUCAAGAUCAAGGGCUGCAACUCCUAGUAGAUGGCAAGAGCCAAGUCAAAGCAGAGAAGUGACUCCUGAUUCUUCAUUUACAAGAAAUAAACGGGAUGAAAGAAACCAAGAACAAAUGCCAAGGUUCUCAUUGAUGGAAGAAAAACACCACACACGAGCUAGGAGUGUACUUGGAAAUAAAAACUCUAUAGAAGAAAGAACAAUAAUAAACAGAAGCAGAGAUGCCUCGAAAAACUCAUAUACCUUGCAAAAUUUAGCAGAAAACCAGUAUGACCAAGAUACUUCUGAAAUAUUGAGACCUGACUUUUCAAGCUUAGUAAGAAAUCGCAAAAGCAAGAACUUGUCUACUGAUAUGAAUUUCAGUGCUCAAGAUAUAGUAGCUUUUGAUAGAGGGCAAGCAAGGACUCCACUAAUUGGAUCUAGAGAGCUAUCAAGAAAAGAGCGGGAAGCUGAUAUAGAAAUCGAAAAUACGAAGCAAAGGAACGAAAAGCUGAUGAGAACGAUGGAAUUUGAUUUUAACAGCAAACAAAGGAAGUUAGAGUCUCAAAUUCAAGACUUGGAAUAUAAGCUUGACACUAAAUGCAAGGAUAAUGACAGACUCUUACAUGAACUUAAGCAAGUGUCAUCUCAAUAUCAAGACUUAAAAGUAGAAAAUGAAAGGCUUGGGGCUAACUUUUCAGAUGAGCACACCAAAAAUGAAAGACUGGAAAUAGAAUUCCAAGAAAUGUCAGAGCAGCUUUAUAGAGCAAAACAAGAGAUUGAGCAGCUGCAAGCUAAAAAUAAAGCUAUAGUAAGAGAUUUGCAAGCAGCUGAGUCUAAGCAAGCUUAUCAAAACAAAGCAAAUGAAGCUAAAGAGAAAGAAAUUGAAAAACUGACAAGCAGAAAUCGGCAGCUGGAAAUAAAACUUCAAGAUGCUGAAGUCGAAAUCGACAGACUUUCUGAUAAACUGAAUGUAGAGUUGACCAAUAAUGAAAGGCUUGGACUAAAAAACCAGGAAUAUAGCGAACAAUUGAUGAUUUUGAAAGAAGAUCUUGACUUUUCAGUUGCAAACGUAACGGAGCUGGAGUUCCAAAACCAAAGCUCAAAUUCAGAUAAUUUAAUGCUUAAAAAAAUGAUUGAAGACUUAAAACAGCAGUAUAGUCAAGAAAAAGAAAAGAACAUAUAUCAUGCUAAAUUGAACAAAAAUAGUAUGAAUUGGGAUAUCAUAAUUAAAAAUAUUUUGGUAAUUGUUGUUUAUAAUAUCUAGUAUUUUUUUGAUUUAAAUCUAAAGAGUAUAUUGCAAUCCAACGAUGAAAAACUGAAAAGAACCCAAUUGGAAAGGGUAAUAGAAGAAGAAAAAGCAAGGAGAGCUCAGCUAGAAAAAAAUAUUGAAGAAGAAAGAAGCAAGAAAAUGAGCUUACAAAGGCAAAUUGAUGAAGAAAGCUUCAAAAGAAAUCAAGUUGAAAAACAGUUUGAUGAUGAAAAGCUCAAAAGAAACCAAGCUGAAAGGCAGAUUGAUGAAGAAAAUUUCAGAAAAAAUCAAGUAGAGAGGCAGCUCGAAGAAGAAAAAAUACAAAAAAUGCAACUGGAAAAACAGCUGGAAGAUGAAAAGCUUAAAAGGAUGCAGACAGAAAACAAUCUUCAGCUUAUUUAUGAAGAAAAAAGGAAAGUAGAUGAAUUUUUAAGACAAACGCAAUCCCAGCUCGACAGCACAUCAAAUAAGCUGUCGCAAAUUUCCAAUAAAUAUGAAACUGACAAGAACAGCUGGUCACUUUCUGCUGAUAAAACGAAUAAAGAAGCUAUUGAUUUGAAAUCAGAUCUAGAAAGAUUUAAACGAGAGUGCUCAGACCUUAAGCUCUUCAUUGACCAAGUUAACAAAGAGAAGAUUGAUUUGCAAUCAGAGCUCGAUAAAAAGUCUAGAGAAAUCCUUGAACUGCAAUCCAGCUUAGAAGAUGUAUCAUAUGAGCAUGAUAAGGCUAAGCAAUUCCUUACAGAAAACAAAGCCCAAUCAGAUCAAAGUCUUGCUACAUAUGAACAAGAAAAUCGGUAUCUAAAACAAAGCAUCAGUGAUAUGAAAUACGAAGUAGAAAAACUGGCACAGCAAAUAUCUGAGCAGCUUGAAGUGAUUGAUAUUGCUUCUAAAACUAGCGAAGAAUGGGAAAUAAAAUACAAUAAACUUCAAGCUGACAAUCAGCAACUUCAAAUAGAAUUUUCUGAAUUGGAAGCAAAAAACAAGCAUUUAUUCGAAAGUCUUGAAAAAGAAUUGUCAUUGAGAGCUAAGGAAUAUAAAGAAAGGACGCUGUCUAUGCUUACCACUCCAAUGAGAAGUACCCAAGCAUCUCCAUUUAUAAGCAAACCGUCAAUCAUGGUGUCAACGUCUCCUUAUGAAUCUUUUGGGAUGUCAACUCCUCUGAAUAGAAAAACACCUUUGCCUGAGCAGCAUGAAAGGACUGGAAAUGCAGCUGCAAAACUGCUUGAAACACUUGAAGCUGAGUCGCCUUUGAGAGGAAACUCACCAACAAGGCUUAAUAUGAGCUCUUUAUCACCACUUAGAGGAGGACAGACUAUGCCUACUAGAAGUACAACGCCAUCAAGACACGAUCUUAAUUCCAGAGUUAGUUCACUUAUGCAAAGCCGAGCUCGCUUAAGAGAGCUUGAAAAUGCUGGAAAUAUUUAA